GUAUUCUAUAUUGUUAUUUUUUAUGAUAUGAAUUAAGUGUUUUAUUCCAGCUGUUUCAUUUAUUAUAUUGCACCACUGCGUCAAAGUAACAAUCCCCACCUUGAAAUGCAACCAUUUGAUUUUAUUUUGUAAUUUGUUUUUUAAUGUAUAGCCUACAGCGCUGUGAAAUUACAUUUCCUCCAUACAGUGUUCGGCUCAUGUGAUCAGCUCGUCUCCUCCCGAAAGCCGUAUCUCAUUCUCGUCACGUUCUCAUGCUGGUUUCUUCAAUGAAUGUGUCCAUGAAUGACAUCUGCUUGGGCUCAACCUGCACAGUACUAAAAGGACGGCAAUGGCUGGGACAGGCAGUGCUGGGCGGGUUGUCUUUACAUAAUAUGCCGGGUUGACAUGGUUUUAAAAUGCUCAGGCUGACGAUCAAAAGGAAUUGCCUCCCCUCUUCUUUUUUUAAUUAUUUUUUUUACUCCGACUUUUCCAGUUGGGGGAGAGACCCGACUGCGGCGCAGCGUUGAUGCAGUAUUUUCUCUUUUUCUCUUUUUUUCCCUCUCUUGUUAUAAAAGCUUUGGAUCAGACAGAGCAGAGUUGGGAUGAAAUAUUCAACAUCACACACGCACGCACACGCGCGCGCGCACACACACGCACACAGUACAGUAUCUGGAGUGGAGGAUGAUUCAUAUUACUUACACUCCAAGUGAUUCAGUUACACAAGACUCUGUAAUGAUUUCACUGUUUAUUAUUAGUGGCCGGUCUUUCACGCCUACAUUUUCCCACCAAGUUGGGUGUUGCCCGCAGGUGUUGACACUCCUAAUGUUUGACUUUGGUGGCCAUUUCUUCUAGUUUGCAUGUUGAUCAAUAAGCCAGGAGGCUGCUCUUUGGGCCUUCUCCUCCUUCAUUCACAGCUCUGAUCUGAAUCAGUGACGCAGAAUACAUUGACCCUGGUCUUCUCAAAUAUUCCCAUCCUCGCCUCAUAUUGUCCCAUAUCUGUGCCCACAGAGCGGCUUGUUGACUUCUCCGUAACCGUCCAGCCCUCGGCGUCCCCAUGCCUCCAUCUCCUCUUGACGACAGAAUUGUGGUGGCGCUGCCAAGGCCGAUCCGACCUCAGGAACUCCAACUGUGCCUGGACACCAGCUACCUGGACUCCAUCACCACCAGCAGCAGCAGCAGCAACAACACCAUCAUCAGCACCACUGUGGUGAAGAUCCGGGCGACGGCCAAUCUUGUAACGUAUAUGCCCUCAUCCAAGGGCUCCACGCGCUCAUUGUCGUGUGGAUGCAGCAGUGCCAGCUGCUGCUCAGUGACUACCUAUGAGAAGGACAACCAGAGCAUCAACCACAGCCAGGUGAGUGCAAGCAGCCCUAACCUCAGCUAUGCCGGGCCUCCCACCUCUAUGGUCAGCAACCACGAAGCAUCAAGCACCCCCAGUCUCGCCCCGGGCACCCCGAAGGCCCUAUCCAAGGCCCUGUCAUGCGUGAGGGUCAUCCACCCCAACGAGCUGGCCAAACGGAUGACCUGCUGCCCCAUGGGACACCCCGUGGGGCCCGUGCCGGUCAUCAUCGACUGCCGGCCCUUCAUGGAGUACAACAAGAGCCACAUCCGGGGGGCCGUGCACAUCAACUGCUCCGACAAGAUCAGCCGGCGGCGGCUGCAGCAGGGCAAGAUCACUGUGCUGGACCUCAUCUCCUGCCGCCAGGGCAAGGACUCUUAUAAGGGCAUCUUCUCCAAAGAGAUCGUGGUUUACGAUGAGAGCACCAUGGACCCCAACCGGCUGACGUUCUCCCAGCCACUGCAUGUGGUCCUGGAGUCACUGAGGAGGGAGGGCAAGGACCCCAUCAUCCUCAAAGGAGGCCUGAGCUGCUUCAGGCAGAGCCAUGAGAACCUGUGUGAACACUCGCUGCACCUUCACGAGGACCCCGGUGCUGCUGCUGGCCGGACCGGCCCUCUACCUCACUCCCUGCCCUCCACGCCGGACAUAGAGAACGCGGAGAUGACACCAAUCCUGCCCUUCCUCUAUCUGGGGAACGAGCACGACGCUCAGGACAUCCACCUGCUGCAGCGCUUCAACAUCGGCUACAUCCUAAACGUGACCACCCACCUGCCGCUCUUCCACUACGACACGGGAUGCUUCGUCUACAAGCGCCUGCCCGCCACGGACAGCAACAAGCAGAACCUGCGGCAGUACUUUGAGGAGGCGUUUGAAUUCAUCGAGGAAGCCCAUCAAGCAGGUUUGGGCCUCCUGAUCCACUGCCAGGCAGGCGUGUCUCGUUCAGCCACCAUCGUGAUAGCCUAUCUGAUGAAGCACACCUGGAUGACCAUGACAGACGCCUACAAGUUUGUCAAAACCAGAAGGCCCAUCAUCUCCCCGAACCUCAACUUUAUGGGCCAGCUGCUGGAGUUCGAGGAGGACCUCAACAAUGGAAUAACGCCACGAAUCCUCACACCAAAGCUGAUUGGUGUAGAAACUGUUGUCUAACCGAACCCUCUGGACUCGACGCUCGCACUUGUACUCACUCUCACUGCUCUCUCCAGAGAGAUCGGCUGCUCUAUGAGCUACGU